CUCCGCGCCACGGGGCACAUGUCUGCUUCUUACAACACCGCGAGGCACAUGGUCCCAGUUAGACACCGAACCCCUUCGGGACAGAGAGAAAAUCCACAUCUGUGGGACGCUCCGCACAGAACCGCCACCUCCAGCAAGGAAGGCCGGGGGACUGCAGCAGCGACAUGAAGAAGGGCUAGAGCAAGGGGACGCGGCUCAUGCGACGGCCGGGAGCGCCUGCGAGCUGGAUCUGGUGGAGGAUGCUGCGGCAGGUGCUUCGCAGAGGGCUCCAGUCAUUCUGCCACAGGCUGGGCUUGUGCGUGAGCCGGCACCCGGUCUUUUUCCUCACCGUGCCGGCAGUCCUGACCAUCACCUUCGGCAUCAGCGCGCUCAACCGCUUCCAGACCGAGGGCGACCUGGAGCGCCUGGUUGCUCCCAGCCACAGCCUGGCUAAGAUCGAGCGCAGCCUAGCCAGCAGCCUAUUUCCCCUGGACCAGUCCAAAAGCCAGCUCUAUUCGGACUUACACACCCCUGGGAGGUAUGGCAGGGUGAUCCUCCUCUCCUCACUCGGGGACAAUAUUUUGCUCCAGGCUGAGGGGAUCCUGCAGACCCACCGAGCCGUGCUGGAAAUGAAGGUGAACCACAAGGGCUAUAAUUAUACUUUUUCCCAUCUGUGUGUAUUGAGAAAUCAGGAUAAGAAAUGCGUGCUGGAUGAUAUUAUUUCAGUGCUAGAGGAUCUCAGGCAGGCUGCCGUCUCCAAUAAGACAACAGCCAGGGUGCAAGUAAGGUAUCCCAACACUAAAUUAAAGGAUGGGAGGAACAGUUUUAUUGGACACCAGCUGGGCGGGGUAGUGGAAGUACCAAACAGCAAAGACCAGCGGGUCAAGUCAGCCAGAGCCAUUCAAAUCACCUACUACCUCCAGACCUAUGGUUCUGCCACUCAAGACCUCAUAGGGGAGAAGUGGGAGAAUGAGUUCUGUAAGCUUAUGAGGAAGCUCCAGGAUGAGCACCAAGACCUUCAACUGUACUCUCUGGCAUCUUUUAGCCUCUGGAGAGACUUUCAUAAGACCAGCAUCCUGGCCAGAAGCAAGGUCCUGGUGAGCCUCGUGCUGAUCCUGACCACGGCCACCCUGUCCAGCUCCAUGAAGGACUGCUUGCGCAGUAAGCCCUUCCUGGGCCUCCUGGGGGUACUCACAGUAUGCAUUUCCAUCGCCACUGCAGCUGGGAUCUUCUUCAUCACAGACGGGAAAUACAACUCCACCCUGCUGGGAAUCCCUUUCUUCGCCAUGGGUCAUGGAACUAAAGGAGUAUUUGAACUUCUGUCUGGAUGGCGGAGAACCAAAGAGAAUUUACCCUUCAAAGACAGGGUAGCAGACGCCUAUUCUGAUGUGAUGGUCACCUACACCAUGACCAGCUCCCUCUACUUCAUCACAUUUGGUAUGGGUGCCAGCCCCUUCACAAACAUAGAAGCAGUGAAGAUCUUCUGUCAGAAUAUGUGUGUCUCUAUUCUAUUGAACUACUUCUACAUUUUCUCUUUCUUUGGCUCUUGCCUGGUCUUUGCUGGACAACUAGAGCAAAAUCGAUACCACAGCAUCUUUUGCUGUAAGAUCCCUUCUGCGGAAUACCUGGAACGCAAACCUGUGUGGUUCCAGACAGUCAUGAGUGAUGGGCACCAACAGACAUCCCAUCAUGAGACAAACCCCUACCAGCACCAUUUCUUUCAGCACUUCCUCCGAGAACAUUACAAUGUGUGGAUUACCAAUAUCUACGUGAAGCCAUUUGUGGUCAUCCUGUAUCUCAUUUAUGCCUCCUUCUCCUUUAUGGGGUGCUUGCAGAUCAUUGACGGAACUAGCAUCAUCAACCUACUAGCCAGUGAUUCCCCAAGUGUGUCCUAUGCCAUGGUUCAGCAAAAAUAUUUCAGCAACUACAGUCCCGUAAUAGGAUUCUAUGUUUAUGAGCCGCUUGAGUACUGGAACAGCAGUGUCCAGGAGGACCUGCGGAGGCUCUGUAGUGGGUUCACCACAGUUUCCUGGGUGGAGCAGUACUAUCAGUUCCUGAAAGUCAGCAACAUCAGUGCCAAUAACAAGACUGACUUCAUCAGUGUCCUACAAAGCUCGUUUUUAAAAAAGCCAGAAUUCCAACACUUUCGGAAUGAUAUCAUUUUCUCUAAGGCAGGAGAUGAAAACAACAUCAUUGCUUCUCGCUUGUACCUGGUGGCCAGGACUAGUGGGGACAAGCAGGAGGAAGUCAUAGAAGUCCUGGACAAGCUGAGGCCCUUGUCGCUUUCAAAGAGCAUCAGGUUCAUCGUGUUUAACCCUUCCUUUGUUUUCACAGACCAUUACAGUCUGUCAGUCACCGUGCCUGCUCUGAUAGCAGGCUUUGGGGUUCUCCUGGUGUUAAUCCUGACUUUCGUCCUCGUGAUCCACCCCCUGGGCAACUUCUGGCUCAUUCUUAGUGUCACCUCAAUUGAGCUGGGUGUUCUGGGCUUAAUGACCUUGUGGAAGGUCAACAUGAACUGCAUUUCCAUCCUGUGCCUUAUCUACACUUUAAAUUUUGCCAUUGACCACUGUGCACCACUGCUUUACACGUUUGUACUAGCAACCGAGCACACCAGAACACAAUGUAUAAAACGCUCCCUGCAAGAGCAUGGGACAGCCAUUUUGCAAAACAUUACUUCUUUUCUUAUUGGGUUGCUCCCCCUCCUCUUUGUGCCUUCAAACCUGACCUUCACACUGUUCAAAUGCUUGCUGCUGACUGGGGGUUGCACGCUUCUGCACUGUUUUAUUAUAUUACCUGUGUUCCUAACCUUUUUUCCCCCUUCCAAAAAGCACCACAAGAAAAAGAAACGUGCCAAACGAAAGGAGAGAGAGGAAAUUGAAUGCAUAGAAAUUCAAGAGAACCCUGAUCACGUCACCACAGUUUGAAGGUGGAGACUUUUUUUUUCUUUCCAGUGUUGCACAAUGAUACAGGGCAAGGAAAGCUCAGACCUCAGCUGCUUGGGCUGGCCAGGGGUAACAAUGCAAGUCAGAUCAAGAGUACUUUGCUCAUGAUACAUCCAAGGGUCUGCUUCCUGUGGGGGGAAGAGGGGAUAAAAGGAGGGAAAGUUCUUUGCAACCUUGUUCUCCAUAAGAGAUACAUUUCCAGACAUUGAUUUAGAGCUAUGGAUUUCCAAGAAUGGAUGGAUUACAUGUUAAGACAAAAGGCUGAAAGAGCUAAAGAUGCAAAAGAAAUGCUUAGAAGAAAUGGAGAACAGAGACUAGGUGGUCUUUAGAUAGGGGGAAAGACAUAGGAAAUGUCUCAAUUGCCAUGUCACUUUUCAUGUUUGCUUUUUGAACAGGUCAGUCAAAAGAAACCUAUGCACGCGAGCAGUACGUAUUUAACCCUGUCUAAACCAAAGGACCACCCAAUCCAUUUUGUGUGUGCAUAUAAGUAUAAAGAUACUUAUAUUUGUCUUUAGUGUCCAUUGGUGUUUGGGUGAAGGAAGGUGUCCAUUUGCAGAUAGGCUGGCCUUUCUUUGGAAAGUCAACUCAGCUUUAGCCAAAUAUAUAAGCUCAUUAGAGGUGAUGCAAAAUAUAUAAAUGGCCACUUAAAAUCAACUCGACUGUCUAGACAGCGAGAGUGUUUUCAACUGCGUGAUAACAAAAUAAACAGAAAUUUGCAUCCAUUAAAUUCUACCUGUCAUGUUGUUGGUCCUCAGGAUUCUAGCAAGGGAUGACAUCACAGAGGCAUCAAAAGAUAUUUGAGUGAAUUGGCAUGUGGACAAAUGUUUUGAAACCUAACAUUGUCGAGAUGGCUUAUGAUGAGCCUUUAACAUUUUUGUGUAUUUGGAAGGCCAGCACGACUGCUUUUGGAUAUCUCACCCACCUGCAAACGAGCACUUUAAGCAUCUUGUCCUUGCGAACCUAUGUAAGAGCACAGAGUAUAUGUGUGAGAGGGGAAGAAAGAAUGAGCUAACAUCCCACAGUUAAGCCUUCUUAUUUUCCAUGGUGAAAAUCCAUGGCUGUGGCAUAUAACAGUUAACAUAGGAGAAAGAAAAUACAUGGGAAACUCAGAAAGUAAAAUGGACCAAUGCAUCAUCCACGCCUCACACAGUCCUUAGCUUAAGAAAAACUUCCCAACUUUAUAGACUCUACUGUGCUCCUUGGAAUAAAUCUGGAGCAUCAACCCAGGCCAUGAUCACUAUAAUGGUGGUCAUCAUAGCCGCUGCAGCAUCGUCUUGUUGUUUCUUGCAGUUAUCAGUGUCUUGUUAGCUAGAAAGUCAGCUCCCACCACAUGCAUAGGUCUCUGCAGGGAUCAUACUAAUCAUGUGUAAAUACUGCUGGAUUCUUUACAUCAAACAAAAGUACUGAGGUAAUGUUUCCAUUGAGUUAGAGUUUAAACCUGUGCCCUAGGCAGGUACUCAGCCCGCUGGGUACUUAUAUGGACUAAGGCUGUUAUUUAUGUUGGAGAAGUUACCAGACAAUUCCUUUCCCUUGCCAAGUAGGGACUUAAGGAACAGUUUAUCUUCAGGUAGAAUAAAACAAAAGUUCAAUGAUGGCACGAUCUGCUAACAAGCUCUUUUUUUCAGAAGAAAGUUGAUAUUUCCCACCAAUUUGGGUUGUAUAAUUUAAUCCCACUAAUAAUAUUAACAGAAUUAAAAGGCCAAACAUGACAGAGCUCUUAGGAAGUCCCCUUCCUUUUACAGUGUUUGGGAAUGAUGUUGACAUAUUAGUGAAGCAAGAGCUCUGCUUUCGUGAACCGCACAGAUUCUAAAAGGGACAUUAGUUAAAGACAAUUACAGUUUAUCGAAUGGCAUUUGUUCUAUUCUACCUUAAGGUCACUGUGUUUCAAUGUUCCCACGACUGUAGGUGCAAUAACUGUAGAAUUAGCUAGGAAAUCUAACUGCCUGUAGCCACAUUUAAUGCUUUCUCUGUUUAUGUAUGAUCAUGUCACAGUGAAGGCCAGCCUUUCAUCUCACGAACUUCUGUGCUAGGGAGAGCUGGCUCUCACACAACUGACCUCUAGGCCAUGAUCUUAUGUUUGAAGUUGAAUUUUCUGAGCAGUCCUUGGAGCAGGAAACCAGAAUUCCUUUUUCGCAGUUUACUCAUCAUUUGUGAAGAUUGCUGUCGCUGCACCUGUUUGUAAAGAUGGCCACAGAAGCUGAGGAUUCCAUGCCACCCCAUGUCUGGCCAUAUUCAGUGGUACUCCGUGAUUUCACCUGUUUUGUACCUACAGUUAACUUAUUUGAGUUUUAUAAUUAUGAUCAAUCAUUUCAGAUGCAAAAACAAAAAAAAAAGAUUGCCAAGCUAAUUGACAAUCUUGCCAAUUGCCAAAUUUUUAGGAGUACAGCUACAUAUUCUGCCAAACCAACAAUUUUAAUUCCCCCGAAGCCCUUGGAUAGGAAAAGACUUCUGCGUUCGGCAAUGUCUUCAAGGAUCAAAUGUGUAGGGCAAAUAGGAAUUUCUCACUGUCAAAUUGUCUAGAGAGGUGGCAUUUUAGAAGAGAUGUUAUCUUCUCCAGAACGCCAUGAUUCUCUCUAAGGACUUGUAGCAAUAAUUUACUGGAAUGAAACUCCAUGUUCUGGAUGAGUUCGUGGCACACCCCAGAUGCCUUGACUUGGUCUUAGGAAGUGAUGUGAACCCCAGAAGGGUCUGGAUAAGUGCUAUCCAAACCUUCCAGUCUCACUGUGAAGCAAGUAUUUUCAAAAAUUCCUCCAGUGAGUACCAAGAUGCACCCUAAAAUCUGAGGUCAUGAUUUGGAGGUAACUCACCAUCAUUAACCAUGUCUGGGAGCUUGUAUACUCCUUUCUGGCUUUACAAGUUUAUGCUCAUUUUGUCCAUUUGUGAAGCAUUGAUGGCAUUCAAGUUAGGAAUUUCUCUACUGUCAAACAGAGGACCAUUCAAAGCCUACAAGGAAUCAGUGGGAAAUCGUAGAUUUGUGGAAUAUUUUAUUUUACUGUAAUGCGUUUUCUCUUAAAUUGGGAUGUUUUAAAGAACUUGUGAACCCCACACCUUUUCUUGUUUAAGCUGGAUUGUGUUUCCAUCACAAUGUGAAACAAAGAGUGUUGUAUAUGUUCCACUCACCUAAAUUAUCAGACAGGCUUUGUUUAUUCCGUGGGCUAACCUACAUCAUGUAUAAGUCUGUGGGAAGGGUGUGUACUUACAUUGUCCCUUGGGUCCCCUUUGAAGGCUGUGCGUGAGUAGUCUGUGACAGAACGACUCUCAUCUAAGUUGGUCUUUACGUGAAUGUCUUUCUCCCAAUUUAUUUCCAUAGAAAUAAAUUCACCUGUUGUAUCUUGUGCUGUGAAAGGAAUAAUUGUGGGACACAAAACUCCUAAAAUGUUAGAAUAGCCAUUCUUGUAUGUUGAACUGAGCCAUGUCCACUCUGUAAUUAUCCAUCGCACUUUACCAUAACAAAUUAAUCCUUCUAGACUUGUGACUGGAGCUGGGGAUUAACUAUUGCCAUUGAAAAUUUGUGUGUAUUUUUAUACAUUCAGUGUAAAUAUUGUCAUUACAAUCAGAUAUUUUUUAUAACCAAACAGUUAUAUAAAUGCAUGGCACAAUGCAUGCAUGGUUACAAAUAGUAUGUAGAUUAUUAAAGAUACUAUUUUCAGAGUCAUUACACUUUUUAUUAAAAUUUUCAUAUUCGCUAUCAUAAAUGUCUCAUAGGGUUUUGGCCACAAAGGCCCCAAGUCUACAGAAAACUUUAUAUUAAGGGAAGCAAUCAGAAAAUUGCCUUCUUGUAUGUCAACAGCAGCCACCUGUACUAAGAUGGCACUGGGAAAUCACAGGGACUAAGUCUGGUCUCUUGGGUAAAGGACCAGGCGUUUGUCCAUAAUUAAACAUAUGAACAUGCCCUGGGUUUGCUAAGGUCAUAGUAAACCAGAAGUUGUUGUCUCCUAGGACUGGAGAAUUCUGUGAGUUGCUUACUCUUCCCGGGGGGGGGGGGUCUAUGUUCACUCGGCUUUGCUGGUGUCUACAUAAUGUUCUGAUAAUUCUUUCAAAGGUGGCCCUGGAACUUUCAUUUAUUUCAAGAGAAUGUCAAGAUCAAUUUCAUUCUGUUUUUUAAAAAACAACAAAUUCUUGUUCUUCCUGUUUCAAACGAAGAAGCAAACGAACAGUAAAAAAUAGUAACAAACAGUUAUGACCAUGUUUUGUGGCAUUGAGUCAAAACAUUUAAGGCUGAAUUAAUAUGUCCUUGAAGUCUCACCAUCUCCAAUCUAAACACAAAACUCUGCAUCAUCUCGGUGGCACAGGCCCUUACGCCAGCUUUUUUUAGCAAUGAUUUCCAGACACAUUGUACAGAAAAUAAUUCCAUUUUCUUUUAAAUGUUUUCUUUAGAAAUGCCUGCAGUGAUGGUGACCAAAAAGAAAGGUCUUUGCAUGACGUGCAGCAGACAGGUGCUGGGGAUGAAUGCACUCAUACUUCCGUUUCUGUACCAGAUGACCAGUGUUCAUCUACGUUGUGAUGUAGACAGGAAAGCAGGAGGGAGUGCUCUGUGCUCCAAAUGUUUUGGAACUUGGGAAGGUGACCUUUGGAUGAGAUUGGGAGAUACUGAAAGAUGGAUACGGGUGCAUCUAAGAAGUCAUGAUGAUAGGGAGAAUGGCAUCAGUAAAGUCCUUACAUACUAGACUUUACAGGUUAGAAAAUAGCACCGAAGAUCAGAUUGUGCAUCAAAACUAGAGGUUCUUAACUGCUAGCAAACCCAGCUAUAUGCAGCCACAUCCCACUUGAAGAUCAUGUUCUUGUUUAUAAGAUUCAGUCAUUGAGCCUGCUUCUGGAUUUCUAAGCAUGGCCAGGUAUGUAGACCCUUUUGUGGGUGACAGCAAGAUGCUAACAGACUCUGGAAAGAGUUCAAAUAAAUGCCCAGGGAAGUCUUCAUUUUCAGCAUAUGCUGUAAUAUAUAUAAUGACUUUGAUCAUUCUUAUGCACUUAACAAGGGCCCCUCUCUAUUGUUGAUGAAGACGUCAUUUGCUUUUCUUGUGAAAUGGAAAACAAUUCAAAGAAAGAAUUAUAGGAAACCAGUAAGUGCAGUGUAUGUAGCUGUUACAUCGGCCAUAUCUGAGCUCUUCUACAUCCUCAAAGAGAUUGUCAGGAUAAUAGGAGCUUAGACUACACUGGGCGACUCUGCCAGAUAGGUAUUUUUAAUCCAAUAUAAUAUUUAUAAAUAAGAUCAUUGAUAGUUUUGCACUUUUAUAAACUAAUGGAAUCCAGUCCCUAGUAUCUCACCCCAUUGAAUUUUCCCUAAGAAAGCUGUUAUAGGUCAAACUAAUUAUGAAAUCCUAAAAAUCAAAAAGAAAGUUGAGGACAUGGGAGUAGGAAGGCCUCACAGACGUUUGGCGAUUCUUGCUCCAUUUCUUGGGCUCCGGUUCACCAGUCUGAAGCUGGUAUUAGUCUUUUGUAGUUCUUUUGUGUUCCAGUUUGCUGCGUGGCUCCUGGCAUGCCUGAUAUGUUUCCUUUCCCUUUGUUUUUACAGUUACUAAAGCGACUCCAUUAUCUCCAGGGCUCUUUCAAACCAGUGGAGCAAUAAGAGUUUUAAUUUUUUGGAAGAUUGCAUUGAAGUUGUUUCCUGGAAAGUAUUAGGAGUGACCACCAUGGGUAAAAGAUAAGUGGCGCUUAUUACAAACAUGUCUCUUUCCAGUCCUGAACAGAUUCAGCCUGGGCUCUUGGGCAAGAUUGUCCACAGAACCCUGUGGAAACAUCACAUUAUCUAAACGUGAGAAGGAAGUAGAAUCUCCCACUGGAAAUUGAAAUCACUUCCGCCAUCAGAGUGGGUAGAUUGCUAAGUACUAGCAGCCAUAGUGAGAGACCUUGAAAAAGAAUAGGCCAGUUCAACCUACAGCAGCGGCAUCUGUGUAGAAUCAGGAUAUCCCAGCGUGUUUUCUCUUCCAAGAUAAAAGUCAGCUACUGAAAACUUUGACCUUUCGCUCACCAGGGUGGUUAUCGCGAGGUAGCCAGAGAGCUAAUGCGGCAAGCUUAUCAUAUGUUCUCCCAUUAAUUACACAUCUCCUUUCAGCAAUAGACUUCCUGGCUCUUAAGUAGAAAAUCUGUCACUGUUUGAAAAGGGCAGAGAGCUCACUAAGCUCCCUCGCAGGGAUACUUAAAGAUAAAAUGGCGUACAACCUUUAACUAAAUGGUAAUAUAUUAUAUUUAUUGCCCUUUCACUUUGUAAACUUACCAAGCUAACUACAAAAUGAACACCCAAUGUGCAACUUUACCUGCUCGUACCAUUAACUGUAAGUAUUCAGCAAUGACACCAUUUUGUGCAGCUGUCCAGUUAUCUCUUUCAUGGACAUCCCAGAGAAUGAAACUUAGCUCAGAUAAUGUAUUAGUUUAGAAAGACUAUUGCCUGGGAUUAACUUUGAGACAGUGGUCCAUCAGGAGGUGUGUCAUCAAACGCUCUAUGACUAACUUUAAUGAACAGCCCAUGUGCCCUUCCUUUCAGUGGACAGGAAAAGGUAUCCAUUUGUGUCUUUAAUAAUGUUAAACAAAUAUGAAAAGAUACAUUUACAUCCUAACGUUUCCCACUCCCGGAAAAUUUCUGUUUUCACCUCAAUUAGGAUUCUGAAACACUGGCUGAUGGAAUCAGUGUAGAGAAAACAGCUAUGAAGGACCAUUGCACCCAUGUACUUAAACAAACCACAAGCGUGAAAAUAGAAACUGGGUGUUUUAUUUCCUUUUCUUUCCCAAAAGAAAUACCUUCUGGUUCCCAUCAUGGCUCAGUGAGAUACCAGUGUUUGCAACAAAAUGAAGAAAUUUCAAUACACAUGAAAUUGUAAGGUCCCAGCCUCUUAACAAUACAACCCACAUGGCAAAAUACCACUGUCAGUUGACGGAGGCAGGCAGAUCUCUGUAAGUUCGAGGUCAGCCUGGUCUACAAGAGCUAGUUCCAGGACAGCCUCCAAAAGCUGUCUCAAAAAGCCAAAAUAAAUAAAUAAAAAGAAGGGAUUUUCAAUAUGAUGUUUUUUUUGUGAAAAAUAGAUUCUUAUAUCACAUCCAAGUUCCAAAGAAUAGAUCAAAGACCUCUGUUCCAGAAUUCUGCAAUGUGGUUCCACCCCUAAAACUAUGUGAUUUACAGAAGCUUGGAGGAAGCAAAUUUGACACCAAAAAGUAUGACCUAAGUUAUAGUUCAGUGUCAAUACCUUCUCCAAAAUAGUGGACUGCUCAAAUACAAGUCUUAGAUCUUACUAAGAUGAGUUUAAAAACUCAUUCCAGUGUUUUCAAUUUGCCCAAAUUUGGUCAAUUGUCAAAAUUUAUAUGCGUUUUCAUUUUGGGCAAGUAAAAUAAAAUAAUUUAAAAGUGAGGUUUUUGUAGCUAUCAUAGUAAUAAGUAAAUGGGAUUCUUUUUGUAUUUGUACAUGUAAAUGUACAUUCAACAACUGAUUGAAUUUCAUAUCUCAAUGAAUAUAAACUGUAUUCUAAAUAUUCAUUUCAUUAUUAUUUUCAGUUUUGGAUGUCUUUGCUUCACAGUGUGACAAAGCAUAAGCCAUUAUUCAUAAUACAUAUCAUAUAUAUGGUCUUAUUUUGUUGUUUUGUUUUAUUUUGGUUUUUUUAUGAUGCUGGAUCUCAUUGUGUAGCCCUGACUAGCCUUGAACUCAAAGAAAUCCCCCACCUCUGGCUCCAGAGUACUGGGAUUAAAAGUGUGGGCUGCCACACACAGCCAGAUGUUUUAUCCCUAUUGGAGAUUUGUUUUGUUUGUUAUUUUGCUUGAUGGUUAAAUGAUUUGAGAUGGGGUUUUUUUAUGUAACCCUGGCUCACCAAGACCUCAGUGUGUAUCCUAAACCUGGCUUAGAACUCAUAUCCCCCUGCCUCCACCUCUUAACAACCUCCCAGAUUCUAAGAUUAUAAGUAUACACCACCACUCUUAGAUUUUUUUUAACUAUUAAGAAUAUCAUUUAUUGGGGCUGGAGAGAUGGCUCAGCAGUUAAGAGUGCUUAACUGCUCUUCCAAAGGACGAGGGUGUAAUUUCCAGCACCUGUUUGGCAACUCGUAACUGUCUGUAACUUCUGUUCUAGGGGAUCCAGAACCCUCACACAGAUAUAUAUGCAGGCAAAACACCAAUGCAUACAAAAUUAAAAUAAAUUAAAAGAAAAAAGAAAUAAUAGUAUUUAUUAAAAUAAAACUGUGAUAUACAUCAGCUAGCUCUACAUAGUUAAGAUAAUUCACUACCCAAAGCAAAUUAACAUGUCUUGGCAGUCUUACAAAACAUCUUUAUGAAACCCCAAGCCCAUAAAUAUCUCUACGAUAUGUAAAGUAGGGAAUCUAUUAUGAAAAUAACCUCAAUCAUUGUACUAAUUUAAAAUUUGAAGUAAUGUGCAGUUGGCACAAAUGAAUUCUACCCAAGAUUUAUUAUAUGAUCUGGGCCAAUUCUCUCUCUCUGAAAUGUAUCACAUUGUAGUAAACUCUUAUGGAGACACAACGUCUAAAAAUACUUUAACUCAUCAUUUUUCUCACAACUUGAGAACACCAACAAUAAAUAAGACAGUGGCCCCCAGGCAGCAUGCAGGUUCAGAAAAGAAGAUCUAUUAUACUCCACAGGAUACAGCUCCACACCUGGAGGAAAUCAUGGACUGUCAACAAUCACUCCUAAAUCGUUUAAAUCAAGAAUUUGAAUUUUCGAGUUUCCAGGUCAUUGGGUUGUGGUGGUUCGUGUGACCACAACAGUAUGAGGAAUACAUAGCUAGCCUAAGUAUAACAAUCACAAAGUAAUACUGAAAUCAAGCAAGAGCACACGGCCCACACCAAAGGCUGACCCUGCUGAGCCUGUGUCCUCUGUCACUGCAUUUUCGUCAUUAGAGCCAUGUGCCUUGUCACACCUCAUGUGGGCCAGUUUCUCACAGUGUUUCAAAAGCAAGGAUGCUCUUGUUACCCUUGGGGAAAUGUUUUUAAUUUAUUCCUUAACUGUUUUCCCAUUUGGGAUUUAAGAUUUUCAUUCUUGGUUUAUCUUCUUUUUCUCUUUGAGUAAAAUUAUUUUGCCUUAUAACAACUAAAAUGCAUUUCGUUUGGUUAAGAAUAAGCAUGUCUAGCAUGAAGUGAAGUCAGAACUUAGCGAAAUCUAAGAUGGUUAUGCGAACAUGUUUGCAAGCACACAGUUCAGAGAAAGUCUGCUCGUUGAUAUUUCAUGUGUGUCAAGCAGAAAUCCCCCACAUGUUUUAGUCUUGGAAGCUGUCACAACACAGGGCACUCUUCUUAGAGAACAUUCAGUAAUCAUAUAUUCAAGAUAAAAUUUUUUAAAAAAGAAUCCUGCCGCUUUUCACUUGUGUCCUAUGUGAAAAGUGAAUUUUUUAGCCAACUCAAUCCGUGAAGAACUAUACUGAGAACAUAUUUUUUAUUUCUUGUUUUCUCAGAAUAGUCUCUUACAGCCAGCUACGCAGCAAUAAGGAGCAAUUUUAUGUUGAUUCGCAUGGUGAUUUCUGAUGAGUUGAAAUGCUGCCUCCUAGAGCUUUACAGUGUGAUAGUUAAAUAUAUUUGUUUCAAUUGUAUAGGUACAAAAAAUUAAAGCAAAUGCAAAAUUUUUUAACUAUCUGAAAAAAAGAUUUGAUUUGGCAUCUGCUUGUUAGUUCACUUUGGCAUUUGUGGGGAAAGAUCGGAAGUGAUAAGAAAAUCUUGACAUAGAUGAAUCUCUAAUAGAUCUCCAGCUUCCAUCCACUGUUCCUGACCUGUGGCUUAUUUGUUUACUCUCCUUGUGGCUUCGAUCUUGUUCAUUUACUCAACAAAUAUUAGGGGUACCUGGACUGAUGUCUGAGCAAAAGACUCAGAAAAAUACCAAGGUCGUAUCUCCCAAGGGGGUGACUAGAAGAAAUUCCUGCGUGUGAUAUUUAAGGAAACUGGAGAGCGAAUCAUGAACACCCACACUAAGUAAGAGUUUAACAUGUGGAG